AUGGAACGCAUUUUACAUCGGACUCAAGAACAUGAACAGAGGAUCGUAAACUUGGAAAAACAAGGGCACAAUAUUUGUAUUUUUGGAAGAGCCGGUGUUGGAAAAUCUGCAACUGUCCUGGCAAUAAAGGAAGCACUUGCAGCCAAAGGUGAAAACGUCCAGAUAAUUUGCUCAACUGGCAUAGCCUGCGAGAGCUAUGGAGGAAUAGCGAAGACUGUCCAUUCGCAGUAUCGACUAAGGGUUGCUGAACUACCUUCUCAAUUACUGAUCGAACGUUCUUUGGGGAAGACUGUUACGGUAAAGCAAGUUGCUGGCAUAACGGUAUUAAUUUCGGAUGAAGUAUCCAUGUCAAGUACCCGAAUUUUGGAACUUGUUAACAAAAUGCACCACAUG